UUUUUACAGUGUGGCUUUUGUUCUUCUUGAUUCCUUCUUUCCUUCCGUCCCAGCACUUCUCCGAAGUACCCUCUUGCGUAGCGUUCAUUAGAGUACUCGUGCUCCUUGCUAGUCGACACGAAAUAGAAUCUGUCCUCAAACCGAAGUAAGAAUCCCGGAAGCGGCCUACUGAAGGUUAAGCGCAUGAGCCGCUAUCCACCUUGCUUCGCUUCACUGGCGACUGCUGCCUGUGGGAGUUCCAGUGGCGAGCACCAGCACUAACCAGCGUAGGAGCGUCAAGGAACCAACAGGCGUUACGAGAGACCACCGAAGGAGGACCGGAGCCAUCGUCGAAGAACCCUCGGACACACGACGCGCUCAUCGAAAGCUUCCAAUCUUCCACCACGAGCUUCACAGCGAGGAAUUCCGUCGUGGCGUGCACGAGGACCUACCAGCGCAGGAGCGUCAAGGGACCGACAGCCGGCACGAGACUCCACCGCAGAAGGACCGGAACCAUCAAGAAGGGAACACUCGGGCACACGACGCGCCCGUCGGAAGCUGCCAAUCAUCGACCUCAAACUUCACAGCGAGUGACUCCGAUCGCGCGUGACAAGUAACUGAAACCAUGGCGGGGAAUUCCUGGGAGUGCCACGACUGCAACAAGACGUUCAGCAAGAAGUCGACCCUUUCGAGUCAUCGUCGAGUCCAUCAUAUGGAUGGGCUGUUCGAGUGCACAGUUUGCCGAAAGAAGUUCACUCACAUAAGUACCCUCUAUAAACAUGUCAGAAUUCAUACAGGGGAGAAGCCUUUCGAGUGCGUGGUUUGCUAUAAGAAGUUCAGUGAAACUAGCAGACUCCGAAUUCAUCUUAGAACUCAUACGGGGGAGAAGCCAUACGAGUGCGCAGUUUGCAACAAGAAGUUCAAUCAAUCUAGCAACCUUCGAACUCAUCUUAGAACCCACACAGAGGAGAAGCCUUUUGAGUGCGCAACUUGCAAUAAGACAUUCAAACAAGCUUGGAACCUUCGAACUCAUCUUAGAACCCAUACAGGAGAGAAGCCAUUCGAGUGCACAGUUUGCAGUAAGAAGUUCAACCAAUCUGGUAAACUCCGAAUUCAUCUUAGAACUCAUACAGGGGAGAAGCCAUUCGAGUGCACAGUUUGCAACAAGACGUGCAGUACAGCUAGUCACCUUAGAUCGCAUGUUAGAACUCAUACAGGGGAGAAGCAAUUCGAGUGCACAGUUUGCCAUAAAAAGUUCCAUGAAACUAGUAAACUCCGAAUUCAUCUUAGAUCCCAUACAGGGGAGAAGCCAUACGAGUGCAUAGUUUGCGAUAAAAGGUUCAGUAGAACUGACACACUCCGAAUUCACGUUAGAACUCAUACAGAGAAGAAGCUCUACGAAUGCACAGUUUGCAACAAGACGUUCAAUCAUGCUAGUAACCUUCGGUCUCAUGUUAGAACUCAUACAGGGGAGAAGCCCUACGAGUGCAGCGUUUGCAACAAGACGUUCAAUCAUGCUGGUAACCUUCGAUCUCAUGUUAGAACUCAUACUGGGGAGAAGCCAUUCGAGUGCACAGUUUGCGAAAGGAAGUUAAGUAGUUUGAAUAGUCUUCGAAGUCAUCUUAAUACCCACACAGGGGAGAAGCCUUACAAGUGCUCAGUUUGUAGCAAGAAUUUUCGGUCUUCACAAGGUCUCCGAAUUCAUCUUAAAAACCACACAGGGGAGAAGCCAUACGAGUGAUCAGUUUGCAACAAGAUGUUUCGUCAAGCUAGGGAUCUUCGAACUCAUCUUAGAACCCACACAGGAGAGAGGCCUCUCGAGUGUAGAGUUUGCAGAAAGAAGUUUAGUCGAGAGGACCGUCUUAAAAUCCAUCUUAAAACCCACACAUCGAAGGAAAAAGAAGCGGAAUGAAGCAGAUAUCCUUUCGAAACAUCUCUGAACUCACAGUGCCUGUUCCAUCCACACUAAAGACAAAGGGUUCAAGCUGGGAAAACUUUGAACCUGGUUGAAAAGCUUUUUAACAAACUGUCGACUAGUGCUUUGGUCCUCAUUUACAGUGUUAUUACAUAUUCCAGAAUUUCAAUGGUGUCAAAUGCCACUUCAUCUUUUUGAGCACCAUUUUAUAAUGUUUAUCAAUUUAGGUGUUUGGUGUGUCGACUUCGCAUGUCGCGUGUGACCAGGCGUUCGCCUUAUAUAGCGUUCACUGUUUCUUUGAUUGCCCAAAUGAGUAUUAAAAAUGAUUUUAAAUGGCAGUCGA